AUGGCUUUCAAAACAAUUGUGCAAUUAUUUUGUAAAAUUUUUAAAAUAUAUCAAGAUAUAUUUGAGUUUCAAAUCUCUCAAUCAUUUACUUACGAAGGUCAUUUGGUAUCAUCUUUGAAUGAAAAUUUAGUAGAUGCCGAAACUGCUAAUGAUAAUUUUAUUGAAGAUAUUAUUGACGAACCACAAAUAACCUUGGCAUCUCUUUUAAAUGGUAUUGAAACUUCAAAUAUUAUUGAAAUGUGGAGAAUACGACGUAUAGGAGGCCUUUCACGUAAGGACAAUUUAGUGAUACUUUUAGAUGAUGGAACACAUUUUUGUACUUGUUUAGAAACAAUCACGAAAGGUAUAAUUUGCCGCCAUUUCUGGAGAGUGAUGCUGUAUUCACAUUUAGCGAAGUUCCAUAUUAGUAUUAUAUCCAUUAGAUGGUAUAAAGAUAACAUUUUAUCCAAUUUGGACAUUAAUCUCAAGAACUCAUCGAUUCUUACAGCAAUAGAAACAUCAACUGAUAUAACUUCAUUUCAAAUUACAUGUACAUUCCAAAGUUUACAUCAUAUUCAAGGAUCAGAUCGUAAUGAAGUUGUUUACCAAAACACUCAUCAACGAAAUAAGUUUGGAAUUGCAUUUUCUACAGCAAAAACUGCUAUCAAUGUUGCAUUAAAAACUAAUAGUGAUCAUGAAUUAAUCACAUUAUUAAAAGAUUUUAUUGAAUCAAAGCGAGAAAAAAAUAUAGGUGAUGAUGAUGAUAUUAAAGAAAAUCAUGAUAUAAUAGGAAUUAAUGAAUCUAGUCAAGAAGAUGGCAGCAUAAUUCCGUUACAAAAAGAUUUAAUUGAACAGAUAACUGAUCUUCGUGUGACUAAAAUUAGAGGAGCUCCAUCAAAAAAGAGACUAAAAAGUGCGAUAGAGGUAUCAAAAAAAAGAAUUCCGAUGCAAGAAAUUUCAGAUGAAAGUAAUACUCAACCAGUAAAACAACAGCGCCGAUGCUUAUCAUGUGGUAAAUUCGGCCAUUACCAGAAAAGGUGUCCAUUGAGAAACGCUAAAUGA